AUGAUGACACUUCUUAUGAAAGUGAGUUUUGCUGGAUACUUCUAUCAAUAUGCAUUCGAAUAAUACUAAGAUUCAGACACAGUUAAAUCCUAUUUUCCAUAGAGUACAUUCCUGGUGAACAACAAUGUGAUACUGACAAUAACACUGAACUUUGAGAUUGUUCCUAAGCUCUAUUUCUGGUCAAUCUUCAUUCUUAUAAUUCAGGAUCUUUUGCGGAUUCUCGCAAAGGUUUCUAGGUCCUACUAGCUUAACUAUGUAGUUAUGGCACUGUAUACUACUUAUGGAGUCUAUCUUUUUGCUUUCGUUCUCAACUACGCCUUCAGCAUUAAAUAUAAUGACACAAUUAUCGAAGAUUAUAGUAAUGGAAUGGAAAAUGAGGAGAGAUCACAUUACGCCAGACAAUAUAUCCAAAGAGUUCAAUUUCUGAUGGACUGCCUCAGACUGAACAACAUCGCAAUCACAGUUGGUGCAAUAGUGCUUGCUGUGAAACUACUGUAGAAUUAGUCGGCUCUAAAGGAGAUCUGGUUGAAAUAAAAAUGGAAUUGA